AUGAUAUUUGGAACGCAUCCUGGCAGCGUGCUGCUGGCGGUGCUGCUCAUCUCUCAAUUGGGCAUACGUUUUAUCCGUGCUGACACGCUGCCAUUUGCUGUCCCAACAGACUUGGAGCAUUACCUUUCAGCGCAUCCUAUAUCCGUCAAAUCUGUCAAUGAAACAGCUAACCAAUCGACACGGCAAAGCCCUCCCCAAAAUACCUCGGUGAUCGUCAAUCCCAAUUUGUUCAAAUGUCCCGUAAGUUGCGCUGAUGCUGGCACUGAAUCAUCUGGUUGGACGGUCUUUCAUGAUUUAAAACGUCUUGCAUUAUGUAAUCAAUCUAUGCUCGUUGAUUUCGCCAUUCACAAUCCUCUCGAUGAUCCAAAUACCCAUAUAACACUCUACACAUGCUCCUCUGUUGCAGCGGGAAAGGGAAAGUUGUGCACGAUCCCUGAAGAAAACACUAUCAAAGCGAAUCAGACUGUACAGCUGGCUUGGUCGGAAUCCAAAAGUGCCGGAGAUAAGACGAAUGGAUUGGCUGCAGUUCAGCAGCUACAGUCAUAUGUCGAAGCUGACGACUCCUGCGGCGAGGACAUAAUUUUUGCCUACUCGCAGGAUGCAGUAGUUGGUCUUUACGCUGGUGCGGAGAUCACUGGCCAAAAUCUUACAAACUCUUUCUUGGAACAAUUUUCGUCUUAUUUACAGAGCAAUCCCGUGCCAGCAUCACUUAUCGCCCAGAUGUGCAUGUCGGAUCAGAAUACGAGUUCCAAUUAUACCUUAGGAGUGGCUUUGAGCAGCGAUGGAGACUGGAAAUCAGUGCAAGAAGCAGUGCAGACAUGGAGUCAAUCUAGCUGCGUUACUGGCUACGAUCAAACCAUCAACUGGAAUACUUUAAGCUACUUGAUCCCCCCUGAAUCCCCUUCACGGAGCAAUAAGACGUCGACGAAUACCAAUAUUAUUAACAGGGCCUCAAUUAAACGAGGUAGUACGGCACCUAGCCCUUAUGCAAAUGGAACGUGUUACAUACAUACAGUGGUUACGAACGACUUAUGCUCAACGUUGGCUGCCGAAUAUCAAAUCACCGUCUCGGAUAUAGAGAACUGGAACUCAAAUACAUGGGGAUGGAUGGGCUGCAGUGACUUGCAGCUCGGUCAGAACAUUUGUCUGAGCAACGGAUCAGCUCCAAUGCCCGUAAACAUUCCCAAUGCCAAUUGCGGGCCUCAAAUGAAUGGCACAGCUGUAGCACCUGCAGGAACCGAUUUAAGCACUUUGAACCAAUGUCCUCUGAAUGCAUGCUGUGAUAUCUGGGGCCAGUGCGGAACUACCUCAGAGUUUUGUACACCAAGUAAUUCUACGACCGGAGCACCUGGUACUGCUGCGCAAGGCCAGAAUGGCUGCAUCUCGAAUUGUGGUACAGAUAUCAUCUAUUCUGCUCCUCCAGCGGAGUUUCGACGCAUUGGCUAUUUUGAAGGGUUUGAUUUCAACAGACCUUGUCUUUCUGAGAGUAUUCUGAGUGUCGAUACAAGCCAGUAUACACACAUUCAUUUGGCUUUCGCUACUUUGAAUGCAGAUUUUUCGGUGAAUCUUACCUCAAUGGGGGAUAAUUUUGACCUUUUCGCUGGGCUCUCAGGUGUCAAAAGGAUAAUCUCAUUUGGCGGCUGGGACUUUUCCACGGAUUCUUCUACCUACGAUAUCUUUCGAGAAGCAUUUAAUGCUGAUAACAGACCAAAGGUCAUUCAAAAUGUGAUCCAGCUUUUGAAUGACUAUGAGUUGGAUGGAGUAGACUUUGACUGGGAAUACCCUGGAGAGCCCGAUAUCAAAGAUAUUCCACCUUCAAAUUCCCAAGAUACUGACGAUUACUAUUUCUUCUUUGUGGACCUUUACAAUGCCAUGUUUCAAGCUAACAUGGGCAAGACGAUUUCCGUCACGGCUCCUGCGUCGUACUGGUAUUUGCAAACUUUCCCGAUUGAUGCCAUGUCAAAAUAUCUCGACUACAUCGUUUUCAUGACUUAUGAUCUGCAUGGUCAAUGGGAUUACAGCAAUAAAUUUGUUGAUCCUGGAUGUUCAGCAGGUAACUGUUUACGAUCUGAUGUCAACCUUACAGAAACCCUGAAUUCAUUAUCCAUGAUCACCAAAGCCGGUGUCCCGUCUAACAUGAUUGCUGUCGGUGUUACCAGUUACGGACGAUCUUUUCAAAUGACAACCCCAGGGUGCUACUCUGAGAUGUGUACGUAUACUGGGCCAAAAUCUGGUGCGCUUCCCGGACCAUGCACGAACACUGCAGGGUAUAUGGGCAACGGCGAGAUAAAUCAAAUCAUUGCACAAAAUGCGUCCGGUUUACUGCAGUUUCAGGAUGAUAGCUUCUCCAAUAUCGUUGUCUAUGGCGGAGAUCAGUGGAUUUCGUACAUGGAUGACUCGAACAAGGCCUCGAGAACGUCGAUGUAUCAAUCUUUGAGCUUCGGCGGAGUUGCGGACUGGGCCAUAGAUCUUCAAAAAAACGGAUCAUCACUCGGUACAGGAACUAGCGAUACGAACAGUUCGGGGAUUGUGUAUGUCCCUCCCAGCGUUUGGACUGACGAAAACCCGACUGUGAAUUGCAUUCCGCCUUGUUCGUUUAUUCUUCCCCCAAUCAUCCUUGACAGUCCUACGAUCGUACCCCUGCCCUUAUUAUCAGUAUUAGUCACUAUUUCCACUGUGGUGACAGUCACCGAGACUUAUGGGACAACAGUGACCACGGUAGGUUCUUACUCGUCUCAAACAUUUCCCACGGUGGUACCAAUACCAGCAUAUACUGGCAAUACCAUCGACGUUUGGGGAGUCCCAAUAUUAAAUACCGGAUCAACUACUGGGACAAUUACCGCUUGGCCGUCUAUCCAACCUUCACCUUUUCCCAUAGUGAUUACUCCAGUAUGGGAUGGCACAACCCAGGUUACGGACGGAACAGUCACCACCUACACCUCAACGGUCGUUGUAUAUGAUUCAUACACUUGGACCAGUAGUGGAGGGAUCGAAACGUAUGGUGGAAUAACAAAUAUUAUUGGCGGCACCACAGGAACUCCAGUCACGGCGAUUAUCACUCCCCACCCAUACCCUGCUGAAGAUUGGGGCAUUUCUGGCAGUACAACAACGUCUGGAGGCAAACAUUUUUGUGACCCUUUUUGUCCGAUUUGUCCUCCUGGCUUUGGCGGUCUAGGAGGCCUUUUCGGUGGAGGAGGACUGGGAGGAGGAGGAGGAGGAGGUGGUGGUGGUAGUGGUGACGGGGAUCCCAGCGAGAGCCAAAGUACAACCUCCACUUCUUCAAGUCAAUCUGGAGUCACUAUACCAGGCGGAGCCACAUUUACUGCUGAUCCAGUUGUCACCCCAGUUGGAAGCGCUGCGCUCGCCGCGCUGCAGUCUGAUAUAGCUUCUGUGUGGAAUUCCCUUUAUCCACCACAAACCACAUCUCCGACAACUACAUCUACGCCGAAUCCUACAACUACUAGCACCUUGAAUCCAGCUUGGCCCACGAACACAGCGAUCAACGUUGGCAGCGGCUACUGCUUUACGCAGCAGAUGGGAUAUGUUUCAUUCAGCUUAGACGAUGCGAAAGGAGCUAUAGGACCAUUUUGCAACGCUAGCUACGUCCUUGAGCCAAGCAACACAUUUGGGUUUGUUGAGAAAUACGAUGCAGGCUCAUACAGUGUCUCGUGUACGGCUCAGUGGGCAAGGGAUCAGACGGGCUGCGGAGCUAUGCAGGCAUAUUCAUUUGCUAAUGACGCCAUUAAGUAUGAACUCUGCCUUGCUACAUGGUCAACGGAUUUCUUUUGUCUCAAUGAAGAGGCUCCUGCCUCAUCGAGCUACGGGGGAGGUUACGUUUAUAACUCUGCAAGUGGCUGUAUCUUGUUAGAGCUAUACGCGGAGUCUAAUUAG